AUGAAUGAUCUGGCACAAUUCGAUAUUUCGAAUGGGCCGAUUGAGUUACGCUGGAAUAAUGAAUACCUGGAAAAGCCUGUCCUCCGAAAUGUUAUAGCUGAAGGACCGCAAGACAUCCCUCUCGCUAAGGACUUGUUUGGCGAAGGCUUACAGGCAAUAUUUACUGCUGCUGGUUAUAGCAAGACGCCAAAGAUUCACGAGAUUCGAAAAAUUCUUGGGAAAAAGAUGGAAGUUUCAGCUAUUUUUGAUGAAAAAGAUCAAUCGGAUCACAUUGAGUACUUUCAGGAGUUUGAAAGAUUCUACGAACCGGGAUUGCUGGGUGAGCUCCCAGCGGAUAUUGAGGAGUACAUUCUGGAGAGCCCAGAAAUAUUGGAGAUUGAAAGUCGGAUUGAUCUGCUUGAAACCCAAACCACCGACAAGAAGUCCAUAAGCGCAGAGAAAGUCAACUACAAACAACCCUUACUUCAGCACCGCAUUCUUGAAUUGGAGAAAUACCGGGCUCGCUGGGUGCGGGCAGACGGGCUGGACAAUGAGAAGCGACUCGUUGUAGUUGGUGAUCAAUCGAGCGGCAAGUCAUCCCUUCUAGAAGGUUUGACGGGCCUUUCAUUUCCUGUGGCCAGUGACCUCUGUACAAGAUUUGCCACUCAAAUCGUUCUUCGUCGAGCUCCAGAAGGGGAGGGUCAAGCCAGGAUCACGAUCAUUCCAGGACCAACUUCGCGACUUGAUGAAACCUUGAAUCAAAAUCUUCUCGCCUUCGAAAAGACUCUGGCCGCUGCAGACUUCGGAUGCCAAGAGUUCGAAGAAAUAUUCGAUCAGGCUGCGAGCUGCAUGGGCAUACCGGGACCAAAUGCGAAGAAUUUGGAAGAUGUCGAAAAAAGAUUCUCAGACGAUAUACUCAAGAUUGAGCUCUCAGGUCCAGAUCAUCGACAUCUCAGUGUUGUGGAUGUUCCGGGUCUCUUCCACAAUCCGACAAAGUUUCAAACCGAAGAGGACCGUGCCAUUAUCCGGAAAUUAAUCGAGGAUUAUAUGACUGACAAGCGUACCAUCAUCCUGUUUUCAAUGGCACGUGCCGCUGACCCAGCAGGUAAACGUACUGUUGGAAUCGUCACCAAAUGCGAUGCGCUGCAGGCAGGAGAUGAAGCUGGUGUUUUGCGUAUCGCUAAAAAUGAAGUUGAACGGCUCACUCACGGGUGGUUCGCUGUAAGAAACCGCUCCACAAAGGAAAUUCAAGAAGGUGUAACUAUCGAGGGCCGACAUCGAAAGGAGAAAGAGUUUUUCUCAACGGUGCAUCCCUGGACGGAACUCAAGAAAGAUCGAGUCGGUAUCAAUGCCUUGAAAACCUUUUUGGGCCACCUUUUAUACGACCACAUUCGCUCUGAAUUUCCUGCGGUUGUGGCAGAUAUCGAAAAGCUUUCUCUGGACACGCAAAAAGAGCUGGAGAUUCUCGGACCUUGUCGACAAACCCCUGCCGAACAGAGAAGGUUCUUGACACGUCUAGCAUCUACUUAUCAAAAUGAGGUUGAUAGAGCAUUGACCGGGAACUAUAGUGCCGACUUGGAAACACAAAGCCCGCUCAAGCUUCGUAUGCACCUGCGGCAGCAUGCAGAUGAUUUCGCUACGUCAAUGGCUACAGAGGGUCAUGCCAAAGUUUUUUGCACAAUUCAUGAUGAAGACGAUCCGGAAUUCAGCAGACCAGCAGAUGACUUGGAAAACAUUUACGACUGGAUACGACGUUACUAUCUUGAGUCGCGCGGCUCUGAACUACCUGGCACUGUCAACCCUGUUGUGCUCCAGAAUAUGUUUCGACAACAAUCCAGUCCGUGGGAGAAAAUUGCGAUAGUUUAUCUCGAAGAAACUGCCUCUGCAGUGCACUCCUUUAACCAACAAAUUUUUGCAAAAAUCAUCCCCGAAAACGAUGUGAGGGAGAAAAUAGAAGGAAUUCUGUCUCAACCCGGAGAGGAGAUAUACCGCCAGGCCCACGACCAGCUGCUGAUGAUAGUGAAUGAUGAACGAGGAGGAAUCCUUCAGACCGUGAACCACUAUUUCGCUGACACUUUGUCCUCGAUCCGCCAGGAAAGAGUCAUAGCCAGACUUGAAGGUCUCGGGUGCCAAGACGGCUUUGAUUUCGACAUGAAAAGAGUAUUGAAAGGUGUUCACUUGAGCAACGAACAACAAGCCGUUUUUGACAUACACGAUAUCUUGAAAGCAUACUACAAAGUGGCUAUAAAGCGCUUCAUGGACAACGUCGUCGUUCAGGUUUCUGAAAGAUACAUAGUAGGGGAGGAAGGCCCAGUGAAAAUGUUUUCACCAGAUCUCGUCGGCGGCUUUGAUGAUGAUAUGCUGACGGAUCUUGCGGGAGAGAACUUCUCCACAGCAAGCCGGCGAAACGACUUGGUAUCCAUGGCUGCACGGUUGAAAGAGGCAUUGGACAUUGCGAAACGCGCUGCGCUAUAA